UCCAACGCUUUCCUCUAUUCGUCACACUGCACCAUCCACCCCCGACGCAGGGGAACUGAAAUGUAAACGCGCAACAAUUGAUCAUAAACAUCCGACUUGUCAGCCUCUCAUCUCUAGUGGAGUCGCGGUGAGACAGCGGACACAUAUGUCUCACUUAUAUAGCUGCUGUGGACCAUAUUGAGCUGAAAUUGAUUCACGCCAGAGGGUCAAUAAUGUUAUAAGAUAAACACCGGAAAGCUUCCACUCACGUGUUUGUAUAGUUUCUAUGAAAACUGUAGAUUUUUGUAUUUUUAUACCCGUGUAUUUGUGCGUUCUUCGUGUUUGUUCAGCAACUCUCCUUUCUAAGCACACAUCAUCACAAUACGCGGAUUGCGUGCUCAGUGUGUGUGAUAAAGAAAUUACAUUAUAGGAAUAAUUCACUCAGAGGAUAAGAGGUGUAACGUUACGUUGUUUAGCUCAGUCACUCCUCACCGGCGCCCGUUCGUCCCAGUCUGCUUCGGGUCUCUCCGCCAUCGGGAGUUUCCCUACCUCGGUUUGGUCCGAUCGUUUUUCUUCCCAGUGAACUGCAGAAGACCGAGCUCGCGCUACCCGGUAAAAGAUUAUGUCGGUGUUGAUCCCGGAUGACCGGGCAUUCAGCAGCUUCAAGGAGGAGUGCGGGAGUGAGGAGGGCUGGAGUCUGACCUACAAUAAGACGGACAUGACAGUGUGGACUCAGACUAUAGGAGGAGACGAGGAGAAGUCACUCCACAAGAUUAAGUGUCGGAUGGCGUGUAAGGACGUGCCAGCUGAGACCAUGUAUGAUGUUCUCCAUGACAUCGAGUACCGGAGGAAAUGGGACGCGAACGUCAUCGAAACCUUUGACAUCGGAAAACUCACUGUUAACGCAGACGUGGGCUACUACUCCUGGAAGUGUCCCAAGCCGCUGAGGAACCGUGACGUCAUCACGCUGCGCUCUUGGCUGCCCACUGGCAGUGAUUACAUCAUCAUGAACUACUCUGUCAAACAUGCUAAAUACCCCCCAAAGAAGGACAUGGUACGAGCUGUGUCCAUCCAGACUGGCUACCUGAUCCAGAGCCACGGACCGAACCACUGCACUCUUACCUACCUGGCACACGUGGACCCAAAAGGUUCACUACCCAAGUGGGUUGUAAACAAGUCUUCCCACUUUCUGGCUCCCAAAGCGAUGAAGAAGAUCAGUAAGGCGUGUCUGAAGUACGGAGAGUGGAAGCAGAGACACAACCCAGGCUUUAAGCCAUGGCUCUACCCUGAGCAGACUACACUACCCACAAUCCCAUUGUCCGAGAUUAGCAUCCAGCACGCAGACAGCCUGGAGAACAUUGACGAGAGUACACUCAGCGAGAUGCAGACACGGGAGGAGAGAGAUAGCGACUAACACCACACACACACACACACACCUCAGUGAGAUCGGAGAGAGACGGUGACUAACACCACACACACCUCAGUGAGAUUGGAGAGGACAGAGACAGUGACACAAACACACACCUCAGUGAGAUUGGAGAGGACAGAGACAGUGACUAACACCACACACACACCUCAGUGAGAUUGGAGAGGACAGAGACAGUGACUAACACCACACACACACCUCAGUGAGAUUGGAGAGGACAGAGACAGUGACUAACACCACACACACACCUCAGUGAGAUUGGAGAGGACAGAGACAGUGACUAACACCACACACACACCUCAGUGAGAUUGGAGGGGACAGAGACAGUGACUAACACCACACACACACCUCAGUGAGAUUGGAGAGGAGAGAGAUAGUGACACAAACACACACCUCAGUGAGAUUGGAGAGGACAGAGACAGUGACUAACACCACACACACACCUCAGUGAGAUCGGAGAGGACAGAGACAGGGACUAACACCACACACACACCUCAGUGAGAUUGGAGAGGACAGAGACAGUGACUAACACCACACACACACCUCAGUGAGAUUGGAGAGGACAGAGACAGUGACUAACACCACACACACACCUCAGUGAGAUUGGAGAGGACAGAGACAGUGACUAACACCACACACACACCUCAGUGAGAUUGGAGAGGACAGAGACAGUGACUAACACCACCCACUUUCUCUUUCCUCUUCAGUUAGUCUCUUUGUCCUGAAUCACUGCCUCUAUUGCCCAUUAUACAUGAUGUGUCUCUGGAUCACACACACACACACACACACACACACACACACACACACACACACACACACACACACACACACACAGGUCCACUCUCUUUUCCUCAACACUACAGUAUGAAUGUAUGUAGAGUUCAAUCUUAAAUACAGAUUCCUACAAAGGUUUUCAUAUUUCA